AAUCUGAUCUUCGGGAAAAAAAAAAAAAGAAAAAAAAGACAGCAGCCAAAUUUUUUUUUUCCUUCUAUAAAUUUCUCUCUUUGAUCAAUCUAAAUUUCCAAGUUUUCUCAUCACAGAGAGAAACAAAAAAUCAAAAACAGAAGUAAAAGAAAAAAAAAUUGUUUUUUGAAGGUAGAAAAAAAAAAUCGAAGCUUAAAAGAAGCAUGGGUCAAGCUUUUCGCAAGCUCUUCGAUACCUUUUUCGGUAACACAGAGAUGAGGGUUGUGAUGCUAGGCCUCGACGCAGCUGGCAAAACAACUAUAUUAUAUAAGCUACACAUUGGAGAAGUUUUAUCAACUGUUCCCACUAUUGGUUUCAAUGUCGAGAAAGUUCAAUAUAAGAAUGUGAUGUUCACGGUUUGGGAUGUUGGUGGACAAGAGAAACUAAGGCCACUCUGGAGGCACUACUUCAACAACACGGAUGGACUGAUCUACGUUGUUGAUUCCUUGGACCGAGAGAGGAUUCGCCAAGCUAAACAGGAAUUUCAGGCCAUAAUCAAUGAUCCAUUUAUGAGCAAUGCUAUCAUCUUGGUGUUCGCCAACAAGCAGGACUUGAAAGGUGCCAUGACCCCAAUGGAGGUAUCGGAGGGACUAGGUCUAUUCGAUAUAAAGAAUCGGAAAUGGCACAUACAAGGUACUUGCGCGCUUCGAGGAGAUGGCCUGUAUGAAGGACUAGACUGGCUAUCAGAAACUCUCAAGGAGAUGAGAGCUGCCGGAUAUUCGUCGCUGGGUGCAUCAUCGAUCUAAUCAUUAUCACACAGGUACUACAUCAUCAUCAUCAUGAGGGGCAGUGACAGCCAGAUGUUUGUAAAAGCCAUAAAUGGCUUGCUUGUAAAAGCCAUGUGUUACCAAUGGGAAAUUAAAACCCAGAUGUUGUAAUAUUUGUUUUGUUAGUGUAAAGCUGAUGAAAGUUAGACAAGAGUGAAUUCCUCCAUUGUGUAUAUUAACAAAGCUGGUUACUCUACAAUGUUCAAUGGAAAUUGUUACUCUGUCUAGGAAUAUUUACAAUUAUUUUACAAUAUAAUUAUACUUGUGCAAGUAAAA